AUGGCUAAUGAUCAAGACAUUAUUAGCAACAAAACUCCCGAACUCAUACCUGAUGUCAUCGACCUAAUAUUCAGCAAACUCCCUUACUAUUAUUUGCCGAGUUGCAGGUUGGUCUGCAAAACAUGGAACGAUGUGAUCUUAAGUUCUAAACAUGACCCUUCAAUCUCGCCUGCUUCCAACUUUUUGCUUGCCCAUGUUUAUUCCAACCGCCGUGAUCGUCUCUCAUUUCGUAAUCUACAUUGCUUGGAAUUGGAUUCAGACCACGUGGAAGGGGUGAGGAGUAUUGCUUCAUUCAACUUGCGUCGUAAGUAUUUCCGACGUUCUUUUAUCUCAACUAUUAAUUCGUGCAAUGGACUCUUAGCUUUUGUAGUCACCAAAAAAACAAAGAGCUGGCUUAACUCGAAUAUAGUCGUCAUAUUAAAUCCCAUGACGAAUGAGUACUUUGAACUUCCCAAGGACGAAUUCAAAGGGAAUUGGCUUACGUGCUCCUAUGGAUUUGGAUUUUGUCCUAAAACAAAGCACUACAAAGUAGUAAGAAACUCCACCGUGGAAGAUAGAAACUCCACCGUGGAAGAUAGAAACUCCACCGUCCAUAAUAACUACAAAUCAGAGAUUUUUGCUUUUGGGACCCGGCAGGAAUGGACGCGUAUUGAGUCACCGUCCUGUUCUUUUAAUGGAUGUCAUGGUGUUUACUUGAAUGGAGGGUUGCAUUGGGUUGGACAAGAUGAUCUUCAUCAAGACGUUAUUUAUCGUCUAAAUAUGGAAGAUGAGAAGUACGAGCACAUUCCUUUUCCUAAUGAUGACGGUUAUUUUCCUUGUAUUGGAGUAUUUAAUGGUGCUCUUCAUCUAACUGUUUCUAUGGAGGGGCACGAGUACACGAUGUGGAAGAUGAAAGAAGAUGGUUCGUGGAUUAAAGCAUUUAGUUCCAUCGUACCAGAUGUGAGCAAAAAUAUUCUUUCUUUUUCAAAAUCAACCGUGGAACAGAUUAAAAUAUGUAAAGAUGGAAAGAUCUUGUGUGUUUGGGCGGGAGCUGAAUUAGUAUUGUAUGAUCCGCAGACCGAGAAGAUGGAGAAGUUGAUGGAUGAUACAAUUGCGAGAGAUUUUUCGGUUCACAACAUCGACUGCUUUAAUUUUAAUGCUCUUUCCGAUAUUUUGACUCGAAAAAUAUGUAAAUUUUGA